ACAUGUCGAACGCGACGUGGCUAUUCGACUCAAUGUCGGACUGUAGGUUGCACGCGUUUGGCCCGGCCAGCUGCGAUGGCAGCUUCGACUUUACGUUGGUGUUCGAACAGACUAUUUUGUCGAUUGCUCCUUCCAUCAUCUUUCUCUGUUUUCUUCCCAUCAGCGUGAUCAAGCUGUUUCGCGCUGCACCGAAGUUCAAAGCAUCAACAAUCCGAAUCUCGAAGCUGAUCUCUCUUNUAGCGUUAUGGACUACUCAGCGCGCCUCAAAGACCCUAGCAACAAUCCCUGCUCUGUGUCUUGGUCUUAUUGUGUCUCUGGCCAUAGUGUUUCUUUCUGCGCUGUCGCACACGAGAUCAGUCAGGCCGUCUUCGCUCCUGGGCAUAUAUCUGCUGUUUUCAUCCAUCUUUGAUGCGACUCAGGCGCGUACACUGUUUCUGAGUCCGAUCAACAAAGUGAUACCCAGCUUCGUGUGCCUUUCGAUCGCUCUCAAGUUGGUCUUGGUGGUCGUUGAAUCCUGGAACAAGAGAUCAUGGCUACCUCCUGCGGAUCGGACACUACCACCAGAGUCGACAAGCUCUAUUCUGAGCAGAAGCUUCUUGUGGUGGUUGAAUCCUCUGUUUGUAAGUGGCAUGCGGACUCUCCUCGAUCAGGACCAGCUGUAUGCUAUUGAUCCAGAAUUGCGGGUUCGAGGGAGCGGCCACAAGCUGAAGACAGCGUUCGAGAGAAGAUCUAAGAUGUCACAAGGUCGCGCCGAGACGAGCAGAGUUCCUUCGUCCAUAUGGGCUCUGCCUAAGGCUUGUUUUCGCUCAAUCUGGACAGAUGUCAUGGCCAUGGUUCCUACAAGACUUGCUUUAGUUGGCUUCACAUUUGCCCAACCUUUUCUGUUUACUCGCGCCAUUGACUAUCUCGGCCAGCAGGACCAGGUUUCAUACGACAACGUUGGUUACGGACUUGUUGGCGCGACGUUAAUCAUCUAUAUUGGAAUAGCCCAACAAGUCUCUCGCAUCAUGACUAAACUCAGAGGGGCUUUGAUUUCGGUUGUUUACGAUCACGUCCUUGUCAUAUCCGAUACAUCUAGCAAUGACGGUGCUGCAUUGACUUUAAUCUCGACUGUAAUAAGAGUUCUUGGUGAACUCAACGAGACUUGGGCUAGGUUGAUCGAGGUCGCUGUGGGUGUUGGCCUUCUAGCUCGACAAGUCGGCGCGGUUAGUAUCGUGCCCAUAGUUCUUACUGUCAUGUCCACCCAGGCACAAGGCUGGGUGUCUAAACGGAUAGGAUCGAGAAGAAAAGAUUGGAGUGCUGCAACACAGAAGCGCUACGACAGCUGUGGUGCUUGGUUUCCUCCAAUCGGUGAAGACGUCAGAACUAGCGAGCUCCAAAUGUUCUCUUUCUUCGCUCGCUUCAUCAUUGGCCUGAAUGCAAUUGGUCAGUUGNCCGUGAUACCCUCAAUAUGGGCACCUGUGAUGACUUUCAUGGUUUAUGCCAUCAAAGCACAUGUCGACGGUUCGCCGGGUCUGGAUAUCUCACAAGCUUUUGCCUCGCUGGCUUUGUUGAAUCUUGUCACCACCCCCACGGCAAAACUACUCACCAUCAUACCAUUGUGGGCACAGGCUUUGGGUUGCUUCGAACGAUUACAGCAUUAUUUGGAACUCCCGGUUCGCAAGAAUCAUCGCUCUUCCAACAGGUUAAACUCCGAAAUCUCUGACUUUGACAUUGAGAUGUCGCCGAUGCUUUCGCACAGAGUUCAGAAAGAUUUUGCUGUUGUCUGUACAGAUCUGGAGGUGUCUUUGUCCACUGGUGGACCUACGAUUCUACAAGCUAUAUCUCUGGAAGCAAACAUGCACUCCUUCACAGUCAUCACGGGCCCAACUGGAUCUGGCAAGACUGUUCUACUGAAAACAAUACUUGGCGAAACUCUUACUUUGCGCGGUAAAGUUUCAGUCUCUUCGCAGAGCAUUUCUUAUUGCAGCCAAAAGCCUUGGAUUACCAGCACUACCGUCAAGGAGUAUAUUGCUGGUCUUAGCUUUAAAACGGCAGCGAUUGAAGAGGCUUGGUAUGGUAGCGUGGUACACGCUUGCGACCUAGCCAAAGACUUCGCAAGGAUGCCAGAUGGAGACGAUACUCAACUCGGCAGCAAAGGAGUCUCACUAUCUGGUGGACAGAAAGCAAGACUUGCACUUGCUCGGGCUGUGUACAUGCGAAGAGAUAUCAUGCUUCUCGAUGACGUCUUUAGUGCGCUUGAUGUCAACACUGAGGAAGUCAUCAUCCAUCGUCUAGUUGGGCCAAACGGUUUACUUAGGAAGCUCGGAACUACAGUACUUCUGGUUUCGCAUUCGCAAAGAGUCAUGUCAAUGGCUGACCAAAUCUUGACCCUUUCGAAAGAUGGCUGUAUUGUACACACAGGCUCUAUCCAAUCACCUCGAAUCGAGAUUGGAGUGACUAUCGAUUCACCUCCCGAUAAGUCUGCUGAUGCGACGGUUGCAGAGACAAUCCAAGCACGAGCGCCAAAAGGUCCAUCCAAAGAAGACAAAGAAGACUUGGCGAGAAAAACCGGUGACUGGUCAAUAUACAAGUACUACUUCAGCAAUUUCCAAAACAGGUAUCUGGCCAUCUUCGUCGCUUGUUCUGUUUGUGCCGCAUUCAGUUCGAGGUUCUCCCAGAUCUGGCUGAACUGGUGGGCGGCAGAUGGCGGAGACGAUUUAGGCUUGUAUCUCACAGUCUACACAGUACUUGCUCUGGCACAGACCUUGUCUAGCAAUCUGAACAUGUGGGUCGUCUUCUUGAAGAUGAUUCCUUGUUCUGCAAUCAAUAUGCAUCGCACUUUGUUGGAAACAGUCGCAGGAGCAGCUUCGUCUGUAUACUAUCACACCGACAGCGGAGCAAUUCUGAACAGAUUCGUCCAAGAUAUGGCAUUGGUUGUAGGAGCAUUGCCUACCUCCCUCAUCGCGACUGGAAACACACUUUGUGAGACAAUCGCCUCUCUGGCAAUGAUUUCCACAGGAGCGAGUUAUAUGGGCAUCAGCAUUCCUUUCGUCAUACUCGCAAUAUAUGCGGUACAGAAGGUUUAUCUCAGCACCUCGCGGCAACUGCGUUUACUCGAGAUUGAAGCGCGAAGCCCAAUAUAUUCUCACUUUCUCGAAACGCUCGAAGGGGUAGUGACGAUUCGCGCUUUUGGCUGGGAGCAAGCGGCUAAAGAGAAGCAAGAGAGUUUGUUGGAUACUGCUCAAUCGCCUUACUAUUUGUUGGCUUGUAUCCAGCGAUGGCUCAAAUUGGUUCUGGAUCUGAUGGUGGCGGCGCUGGCUGUUGUGGUUGUUGGUCUUGCUGUCUCGCAACGAGGCACGACUUCAGCGGGUUUGCUGGGAGUGGCAUUGACCAACGUCCUUGGGUUUAGCCAGUCUCUCACUCGUCUGGUUACGGAAUGGACAACUCUGGAAACGUCUUUGGGCGCUAUUGCACGAGUGCGCUCUUUCGCCACGACCACAGAGCAGGAAGCUUCUUCCGCAGAAUCCUCCACCACAAUCCCGUUGGACCUGGUACCUAAAGGCGCAGUCGUGUUCUCUGGCGUCUAUGCUAAACACAACGACGACCCCGGCGCUUACGCUCUCCAUGACAUCUCCUUUGCCAUCCCUCCACGCACCAAAGUAGCCAUUUGCGGCCGCACCGGCAGUGGGAAAUCAAGUCUCGUGCUCGCUCUAUUGCGUCUUCUUCCUCUUCGACAUGGAAACAUCUCUAUCGAUGACGUGGACAUUGCACAUGUAAAUCCAGAUCUCAUUCGUCGCAGCAUCACCACUAUCCCUCAACAACCAUUUCUUCUCCCUGGCACUGUACGCAGUAUCCUGGACUCGAAAGCCCAGUCCAGCGAUACAGACCUGAGAUCUGCACUGNCAAAAGUGCAGUUACUCGAUCUUGUCGAUCAACGCGGUGGACUUGAUGAGAAUAUGGAGCAACAAAGUCUUAGUCAAGGUCAAGCGCAAUUACUCUGUUUGGCACGAGCUCUGCUGCGAAAGAGUGAAUUGGUGGUUCUUGAUGAAGCAACUAGUAGUUUGGAUGCUGAUACCGAGGCGCUGAUACGCAGGGUGUUGAAAACAGAGUUUGCGGAUUGCACUGUCAUCUCUGUUGCGCAUAGGGUGAAUAUGGUUGUCAUGAUGGAUGCAGGACGCGUCUCCGCUAUCGGCAAGCCAGAGCACUUGAGUAUGUCCAACAAUGACUUCAAACAGCUCUGUGGUAUUUCU